UCGCAUUUUCAUUCAUAAAGUCAAAAAUGGCACAACGGACGUGGCAUAUGUUUACGGUGAUAACUUUAAUAUUUACAGUUUUAUCUAUCGUGGGAGAUGUUUUAUCUCAGUCGGCAGCACCUUGGUACGAGAAUAUGCCGGCGGUUACGAUGGACUACAAAGUACACAUAGAUGCAGGCAAAGAAGACUGUUACUAUCAAUAUGUCCCGUCGGGUGCUACAUUUUAUGCCAGUUAUCAGGUGUUGAAAGGCGGCGACGGAAUGUGCGGUUUUGCGGUGCGGCACCCUAACGGCCAGAUAGUGCACCCGUACGAGUGGCGGCAGAGCGCGGAGUACGCGGACCAAUCCUCGUCUGGAGGAUAUUAUGCUGUGUGCAUUGAUAACCAGUUCUCAAGAUUUGCGGGGAAACUAGUCAAUUUGUAUCUGUCGGUGAUUAGAUACGACAUGUGGGAGAAGUACGCCAAGGAAGUUGAGGAACUGGACAUGAAUAUUAAGAAUUUCACUAACUCAAUCCAGUUUGUGGAGAGGAACAUCAAUGACAUCCUGCAGUACCAGUACCACUCCCGGGCGAGAGAGUCCCGAGACUACAACUUGUUGCAGGACAAUAAUGUUUAUGUGCUCAGAUGGUCUGUGAUACAAAUCCUAGCUAUAGCAGCUACGGCUACGCUACAAGUAUACUUUGUGAGGAAACUAUUUGAAGUUAAGGAGAACUCGUCCAAGACAAGAAUAUGAUUACAUUCCCCAAAAUUAACGAAUUUACUAACUGUUACUCUUCGACUGAACUUCCAUUCCAACUGAAAUUAAUGUUGAUCUCUCUUGUUCAUCAUUUUGUUAGCUUUUUAUUGUGUUCAUUAGUAAACAAGGAAACUAAGAGAUCACAGGAUGGCUCCAUUUUAUUAGUAGAUUUUUUAAAUGGUUGUUGUGUAUGUGAAAAGGACUUUUUGAUUGCCAGCCAGUAGAUGAAAAUACGAUUUAUGGCUGGUAUGGUUAUCCAAAUUUUAGCUAAUUGUAGUUGAAUUUAGUGUUGGAAGAAUGUAUUUUUUAAUAUAAAAGUUUUUUUCGCUUACAUAACUACCUUAUAUUGGUCUGGUAACAAAUUGGAAUUGUCUAUUGUCCAUAACUACUAAUCAAUUUACUCUACCUUGUUCCUAUCACAUUUUAUGAGAUUAUUUUUUAUUUUUUGUUUAUAUUUCUUGAAACCAGUAACAAAUCCUGUGCACAAAUUAAGUUUUAUAGUUUAAGUACAAGCUUUUUGCAUUUUUUUAUACAAAUGACAUAAAAUUGUUUUCUAUAAAUAUAAUUAAUAAGUUUAACCUUUCAGAGUUUAUUUUUUGAUCGGGAUAUUUAAUGAUCUGAUUAUAAUAAUGACAUUUUUAAGUAUUUUUGAUAAGAAUCGGAUUUUUAUUAUUUAUUUGCUUUUGACAACGAUCACAAUAUUUUUAAUUUAAUUUUGUUGUUAAUCUGUGAGAUUAACACAGCAAGUAACAAACUGUCUGCUAAUGAAUGACCGAUGUGAAUAUAUACCUAUAAUAAUAAACUGAAAUGUUAAAGUACUUAAA